UAAUGUAAUCUGCAGUAAAAUUCUUAGUUGCAUGCGAAAAUUUCAUGCGAGUAAAGGGAUGGGAGUGCUGGAAAAGAUGUCUGAGAAUCUUGAAUCUACAGAGGCCAAGAGAGAUAGCCUCAGGAAAUCAAUUAUGAUGGUUAUGCUUGAUUGCAGGGAUUUUGAGAAGCAUCUGGAGACAUCCCAAAAGUGUUUGAUAGAAUGCCUGAGUGAACUUGAGUCCAGGGAGAAGCACUUGGACUCUGUUCGGGACUCGUUGAGCCAGAAUUUUGAAGAGUUGGGGUUGAAAGUUAAGGAAGUUGAGGAUAAAGAGAAGGAUUUGAUUUUGUUGCAACAGAAAGGGAUGGAGGAGUUGGAGUUGAAAGAGAAGGAGUGGGCUUUGAAAAAGGAGGAGUUUGAUGAGGAGUUUAGGAAGAGAGAAGUGAAAUUGAGUGAGAAAGAGAAGGCCGCAGAAGGGCUUUUUGGGAAGUUGGAGAAUGAGAAGAAUGAGACAGUCGCGCUGGAGAUAUUGAUGGAGGAGAGGCUUAGGGAGUUGUGGUUGAAAGAGGAGGGUCUUGAGCAGUGGAGCAAAGAAAUUGAGAAGAGAGAGAGUGAGCUUGAUGAGAGGGAGAAAAAUGUUAUGGAAUGCGAAAAAAGAGUUGGUUCCGAGGAGUUGGCUGCGAUGAGGGUGGAGCGCGAAAGGGAAAUUGAGAUGAAGGAGAAAGAGGUGAGAUUAAUGAGAGAGGAUCUUGAGUUUAAGGAGAAAGCGAUUGAGUUUGAACGAGCGGUAAACGAAAAGCGACAAAAAGAACUAGAAAUACGGGAGAAGCAAUUGGAAGAGAGAGAGAAACAAUAUGAGAUUACACAAAAGUGUUUGCACGAGGUUCAUUUGAAAGAGAAGGAAUGCCUAUUGGAAAAGGAGCUGCUCCAAAAGGGAAGUAAAGAAUUGGAAGUGAAAAGGAAAGAACUUGAGGAUAGGAUUAAGGGCAUAAAAGAACUUGAAAUGAGGGAGAAGCAAUUGGAAAAGAAAGAAGAAGAAGUUGAAGUCAGGGAGAGGCAAUUAAAAAGGAAAAGGGAAGAAGUUGAGGUGAUGGAGAAGCAACUGGGAAAGAAAAAGAAAGAGGAAUACCAACUGGAAAAAGAGUUACUCGAAAAAGGAAAUAGAGAAUUGGAACUGAAAAAGAAGGAAUUUGAGGAUAGGAUUAAGGAAUAUGAUUUGAGGGAAAAAGAGCUUGAAUUGAAAGAGGAAAAACUUGCUGAUAAACUUCAUGCUUGUCUGAAGACAAAUCCAGUUGAAACGGUAGUUGAUGAGAGAGCUAUCAGUAACUCCACUUCUCGUCAAUUUACAUUUGCUGUGGAGUUGGAUCAGCUGGAUAUCCGUAUGUUUCUAAAUGAGCGUGAAGUGAACCUUGAGUCACCAGAUGAAGUUUUUAAGGAUCUUCAAUCAUCCGGAGACCCUGUAUACUUUGUACUAACUGCAGUGGAGGCACUUUACCCUCCCUAUUUGAGGAAGGUGGAUAUGGUGUUUGAGGGAAGGGUUGCCAGUUGUUGUAUCCUUUUGUUAGAGCAGCUACUUAGACUUUCCCCACAGAUUCAACCUUCUGCAAAAAGUGGAGCAUUGAAACUUGCUAGUGAAUGGAAGGCAAUUAUUGAAACUGGAAAUGUAUUGGAGGUCUUGGGCUUCUUGUAUCUUUUGGCGUCCUUUGACUUGGCUUCUGCAUUUGACGUAAAGGAGGUCAUGAACUUUUUAGAGAUUGUUGCUCAGAAUCAGAAGACACCUGAAUUGUGUCGUCUUCUUGGUUUGACAGAUAAAAUCCCUGGCUUUAUCAUGGAUCUCACUAAAAAGAAGCGGUAUCUUCUUGCAUUUGAAUAUGUUUAUGAGUUCAAUCUGGUUGAUAAAAUUCCACCCAUAGCUCUAGUGAAGAAGCAUGUCUCACAUUCAAAGCAGGUAGCUAAAACAUUGUGUAAUGAGGGACAAAAUACUCCUGAGGCACAAAUUAAGGCUUUGGUGAAUGAAAUCUCUGCUCUUAAAUCUGCUAUCAAGUCCAUCAUAGAUCGUGGUCUUGAACGUGAAUACUCACCUAAUCAACUCAGACAAAGAGUUAUACAGCUGGAAAGCCGUAGGGCAAACUUGAAGACUUCAUUGUCAGCACCAAUUUCAGAGGAAUUGCCAAAACUGGACCCAAGCAAAGAACUGUCUUCUGCACAAAAGGCUGAGGUGAAAGAAAAGGACAAUGAGAAACCUCCUCUUUCAGAUGAUGCCAUCAUCAAUGAGGCUCGAUUGCCUUCACAAAAUAAGUCGCGAAGGUUGGCUCUUCCGGAAACAACCCAUAAUUUUCAACUUGCUAAUGGUCAAAACUUCCACUCAGUCUAACCAUCUUCUAAGCACCACAGUGGGCUUGUAUACUGAAAGUUAUGGACCUCAGAUAAGGACAUUGUAGCCUGGGAGGCUCAACUCAUGUCAACUACUUGGAUGGUUACUUAAAGGUUGCUGCAAGUAGGAAUAUUUUGCAUCCUGGCUUUCUUCAAGUCACUUUGGGAUGGUCUAUAAUGGCUUUUCACCAUAGUGGAUUGCUGGAGAGAGCAGCCUUUUACCGAGUUGCAGUUUUCUAACAAAUUCCGGUGUACGGAAAACCACUUCUAUUCAGAAUAUGGAAUUUUCUGUAAUGUAGGUCUACUAAUGGCAUCUACCUUCUAGCCAUUUUUUGCAGUUAUGUUGGUACCAAUGCCUAACAACUGCAACGCCACUCUCCUGGAUUUUAGAUGGUAGCUAGCUUACUCUAGCAUAUUUGGAGAUU